AUGGCAAAGCUGUUCGAAUCCGAGUCGCUCGUGACGUCCAUGGAAGCAUGGAGGAAGCACAUGACUGGUUUAGAAGCACUGGUGUCGUUGCGGGGCCCUCAAAAACAUCGCUCUCCGUUGGGCCGAGCACUCCUGGAGGAGUUCCGUGCUUCAUUGGCAAGUCUACUUCAACGCCUAUACACAUACCGUAGAGCAUCCGUCCUAGCAACCCCGAAGUGGCUAGCACAAGACUGGGACGAAACAUCGAACAGCCUCCACCCAUCAAUUUACGACAAAGGCCUCGUCCUAGCCUCUCUCCUGGAGGAAAUAGAUAGGGCAGAUCUCUCAUCUGCCAACGACUCAACCCAGUUCUACUUCCUCCAACGAUGCCUCGGCAUGGACACUGAUCUUGACAUCUGGUACGAAGAGUUCCUCAUCCGGACCCCAUCAUCAUCACACUGGCCGACGCCAACGAUAAUUCGUUCCGACUCCCCCAGCUCAAACCUUGGCCCCAAGGGACAAACCCGGCUCUCUUUUACAAAUCUGUCCAUCGCCAGCACGACAGUCACAUUCUGGGCUCUCAAGAUCACAAUAAGCAACACCAUAGCGACGACGUGCUCCACCAUCCUCUCAUCCAACUCCCGCAGACAAAGUGUCGUAUCCCUCGAUACUGUCGACUCGAUUUCUACCGGUCUCGAUCAGGUACCGGACAACUCCGAUCCGGCUUCGACUCCCGAUGAAGUAACCGCCAAGGCGCAACGGCUAUCGAAUCAGUACAACUUCGUUCAACGUAUAGAUUUUGCGACGCUUAUCGUGCGAUCGAUGCCUUAUUGUUUAAACUUCAACAUGGGCUUGCUAGGGCCGCAAAGGGCCUUCUUCGCAUUGCGCACGGCGCUUGGUAUGUUGAGGAGCAACCCGAGUCCGGAGCAGAAAUGGGUCAAAUCGAACCAUAAAAAAUUGGCCGAGAGGUACGUGAGAUCGAUGCGGGAACUUCGCUGCAGCGGCAUAAAUCUUCCUUCUUUAAGAAUGCAUUCUCCAACAUUCGCUGCUCUUUCCUAA